AUGAUCUUCAGUUGGUAUUUGAAUAUUCCUUUUCAUUUUUUAGUGCCUGCAUUUUGUGGUGUUAUUGAUGUACCCCUUGUCGUGAGGAGAUUACACAAAUCUAGAGAAGAGGUGAGGAAAGAUCUUGGAGUUCCGAAUGAUGUGAAGUUAGUAAUUUUUAAUUUUGGUGGGCAGCCAGCUGGUUGGAAGUUGAAGGAGGAGUACUUACCUGCUAGUUGGUUGUGCCUGGUUUGUGGGGCUUUAGACAAUCAGGAGCUUCCCCCUAAUUUCAUAAAGCUUGCAAAAGAUGUUUAUACGCCUGACCUAAUAGCAGCUUCAGAUUGCAUGCUCGGAAAGAUUGGAUAUGGCACAGUCAGUGAAGCCAUGGCAUACAAGUUGCCAUUUAUCUUCAUACGCCGAGAUUAUUUUAAUGAAGAACCAUAUUUGAGAGAAAUGCUUGAGUAUUACCAAGGUGGUGUGGAGAUGGCUAGAAGAGAUAUGCUCAGUGGAUGUUGGAUACCCUACCUUGAACGUGCUGUUAACUUGAAACUGUGCUAUGAGGGAGGUACCAAUGGUGGUGAGGUUUGGAAUAGUCAGUUCAUAUUCCUCAAAAUUUCUGGCAGUUCUUUCCCGCCAAAGUCUCUAGGUGUUAAGGUUCCCAUUGCAGUACUAAGAGCUGAGAUUGACAACAUUGCUCCACCCGAACUCUUAAAACAAUAUGAUGAGGCCUUAACUUCUCAAUCUAAGGUAAUAAGUAAUAACAUUCUGAUGAAAGAGUGA